GCGAGUGAGCGAGCUACGGUCUGCUGCAGGAGCAGGAGACGCAGACAGGAUCGCUGUGGACUAACUUGCAUCUCUACUUUAAUCCUCCCAGGAGAUGAAAUCCGUGUUUUAACCUCGUGGAAAACUCCAAUCCAGUCCAAGAUGACGGUGGAUUUUGAGGACUGCAUUAAAGAUUCCCCCCGGUUUAGGGCCAAUAUUGAUGAGGUAGAAACAGAGGUGGUGGAGAUCGAGGCAAAACUAGAUAAGCUGGUGAAGCUAUGCAGUGGGAUGAUCGAAGCAGGAAAGGCCUAUGUCAGCGCCAACAAGCUCUUUGUCAACGGCAUCCGGGAUCUGUCUCAGCAGUGCAAGAAGGACGUAAUGAUCUCGGAGUGCUUGGAAAAAUGCGGGGAAAGCCUGCAAGAGAUCAUAAACUACCACAUGAUCCUGUUUGAUCAAGCCCAGCGGUCUGUAAAGCAACAGCUGCACAAUUUUGUGAAAGAGGAUGUUCGAAAAUUCAAGGAGACAAAAAAGCACUUUGACAGGGUGCGUGAGGACAUGGAAAUAGCACAGGUGAAGAACGCUCAGGCACCCAGGAACAAGCCUCACGAGGUCGAAGAAGCCACUAGCGCGCUGAGCAUCACCCGCAAGUGCUACCGACACCUCGCUCUGGACUACGUGCUACAGAUCAAUGUCCUUCAGGCGAAGAAGAAAUUUGAGAUCCUAGAUGCUAUGCUGUCAUUUAUGAACGCCCAGUACUCGCUGUUCCAGCAGGGCUACAACCUGCUGGAUGAGAUCGACCCCUACAUGAAGAAGCUGGCUGCAGAGUUGGAUCAGCUGGUGAUUGAUUCAGCCAUGGAGAAGAGGGAAAUGGAGCACAAACAUGCAACGAUUCAGCAGAGGACCCUCAUGCAGGACUUUUCCUAUGACGAAUCGAAGGUGGAGUUUAACGUGGAUGCUCCUAAUGGUGUGGUGAUGGAGGGCUACCUGUUCAAGAGGGCCAGCAAUGCGUUUAAGACCUGGAACAGACGGUGGUUCUCCAUACAAAACAGUCAGCUGGUCUAUCAGAAGAAGCUCAAAGAUUCUCUGACGGUGGUAGUGGAGGACCUCCGGCUAUGCUCUGUUAAACCAUGCGAGGACAUCGAGAGGAGGUUCUGCUUUGAAGUCGUCUCCCCCUCCAAGAGCUGUAUGCUUCAGGCUGAGUCUGAGAAGUUAAGACAAUCGUGGAUUCAGGCUGUUCAAGCUAGCAUCGCUUCAGCCUACAGAGAGAGCCCAGACACGUACUACAUAGAGCAUCUGGACAGAACAGCCUCUCCAUCCACAAGCAGCAUUGAUUCAGCCAGUGAGCCACGGGAGCGCAGCGCCCGGGGCGAGACCAUCCUGCAGCGGAUCCAGUGUCUGCCGGGAAACGAGCAGUGCUGCGACUGCGGUCAGGCCGACCCUCGCUGGGCCUCAAUCAACCUGGGCAUCCUGCUGUGCAUCGAGUGCUCCGGCAUCCACAGGAGUCUUGGAGUUCACUGCUCAAAGGUGCGCUCACUCACGCUGGACUCAUGGGAACCAGAAUUAUUAAAGUUGAUGUGUGAACUCGGAAACAGCGUCAUCAACCACAUCUAUGAAGGCUCCUGCCAAGAAAAAGGUCUGAAGAAACCAUUACCAUCCAGCUCACGGCAAGAAAAAGAGGCCUGGAUUAAGGCAAAAUAUGUAGAGAAGAAAUUCUUGAAGAAGCUGGGCUCCACUGAGAUACUCAUCAACGGGGAGAGGAAGUCGGAGCGGCGGUGGAGUGUGAAGAAAUGCCGAAGACACAACAGCGCUACGACGGUGCCCAAAACACGGCGGCGAUACCGACAGGAGCCUGGAAACAUCUCCCCCUCCACCUUCUCCUCAGCAGCUGCUAAGUUCAGACGAGAAUCUCUGUUCUGUCCCGAUGAGCUGGACUCCCUCUUCUCCUACUUUGAUACGGGAUCUGGGCCUCGAAGUCUGAGCAGCGACAGCGGGUUGGGAGGCAGUACAGACGGCAGCACAGACAUCCUGGUGUUUGGCUCAGUAGUGGACAGCGUCACAGAGGAGGAGUGUGAGGUGUCCGAGGACUCGAGCGGAGAGGCUGAGCUGGAGGCCGAGCCAGAGACGUCAGACCUGGAGGACCUAAGGGAUCUUCAUCCCGGAGCCCUGCUCUAUAAAGCCUCGAAAGCUCGUAACCUCCCCGUCAUGGCUGCAGCGCUAGCUCAUGGAGCUGAUGUCAAUUUAGUAAACGAGGAAGACGAAGGAAAAACGCCCCUCAUACAGGCUGUGAUCGGGGGUUCAUUGAUUGCCUGUGAGUUUCUGCUCCAGAACGCUGCUGACGUCAACCAAAGAGACGCGAGAGGGAGGGGGCCCCUGUAUCAUGCCACGUAUCUGGGACACACGGGGCAGGUGUGUUUAUUCCUCAAACGAGGAGCUACACAGAACGAUGGUGACGAGGAUGGCCAGGAUCCGCUGAGUAUAGCUGUGCAGCAGGCCAACGCAGAUAUAGUCACGCUGCUGCGUCUUGCCCGGAUGAACGAUGAGAUGCGGGAGUCAGAAGGACCCUUUGGACAGCCAGGUCAAUACCCAAUCAGCAGCCCCACUGAGCAGCAGUAUAAGAAAUGCAUUCAGGAGUUUAUCUGUCUCAAUAUAGCAGCUUCAUAAUAAUCAGGUCAGGUUGAACUAAUGUAGGGGGUGCCAAUAGAUGCAUGAAGACACAUGUUUGGGGAUCUUAGGCUUCAUGUUCGUCUGAAAGACUUUUUACUACCCAAUUUUCUUCUUCUCUACAUCUGUCAUGUUUCUCUCCGCAAACCUAGCAGCCGGCCGCUCCCUUCUCAGGUUCUAACAGGAACUCAGUGUUCCUAAUCUACUUUUAACGAUGUCAGUUUGGACCAAAAACAGAAAUAAAUUGGCCAGGUGUGGCAGAGAAAUCACUGCCAGGGAAACGUUAGAAAUCUAUUAGUUAUUAUGAGGCCGGGAGUGGACCUUAAAUAAUGUCAUCAGCAGAGUAUUUGGGACCAAUCUAGGACUUUGUUUGAGGGUUUCAGAGGAUACAGGGAGCUCUGAACCAAAGAACUCAAAAGUAUUAGGUUUCAUUUCAUCAUGUGGUCGGGGUGUAUAUUUUGUGGGAUUCCCUGUUUUAGACACGUCUGGUUCCUGAAGUAAAAGCCUCUUUAGUUUUUCUAGUAGACAUGGCAAAACUACCCAAGACACAUGGAGGUGUUGUAUUAGAGAUGUGUGCCAUGGAAAAAUGAUGAUGUUGAUCAAAGUGAUGAGGAUAUCUGUAUAUUUGUCUGUCACGUGGCUCUUUGGUAUAUGCUAACUUUACACACUAUACUUUCUUUUAAAGAUUUCCCAGGAAUUUAGAAGUUGUUUAAAACAAAGCACAGCACAGCAAAACGUGUGAAAUCUUAAGACUUAUCAGUGAGGGUGCCGGUCAUGUAAAUUUUGUGAUCACAGUGUGAAUGCUGACCUUUCAACUAACAGACCACUAACUAUUCAUGUGUCCUCAAAGUGAACUAGGAUGUACUACUGUAAGAAUAACAACUUACAUAUGAUGUCUCCAGUUGUCAGUGUGUAAAUCCCACAAGUUGUAUACAGAAACAAAACUUUACCAAAUGGAGAUCAUUAGACUUGUGCUUUAUCUUAUGGACUUGAAUCCACACAUGCAGAUUGAAAACAUGGUCGCCAUCUACUUAAAGCUGAAAAUCUGAUCUGCUUGUCAAGCCCAAGCUUGUUUUAUGCACAAUCUAAUUGUUAUAAACUUUUGGUUUCUAAUACCAUUGUGGUAUUAUUCCCAAUUCAAGGUCAAGACAACAAGUCAUAUAUAGAGUUUUUUGGUUUGAAUAAUGACCAACAUGUACAACAUUAACUGCAUGCAAGUUUUACUCAGUAUUACUUGAAACUAUAGUUUGAGCCUAUAAAGUUGUGAGGAAAGUACAACAGCAACAGCAAUGUCUUCCACAGACUUCCAUAACUUUAACCUCCUGGACCUGCAGUCCCCAUAUGUUCACAUAUGGGGACAUCACAUUUUGGGUUGUCUAGACUAAAUACUACUAAUUACUAACUAACUAUACUAAAUUUUGCUCUACAAGGGCCUGAUAUCCACUUCAAAGACAUUAUACUGCCACUGUUCUAUCAACAUUUAAAA